UCGACGGCUUUACAUAUUAAGCAUGCAUCUCAACCCUUAAAAAAUCGACGCUAAUUAUGAUAAACUAGACCUCUUCCUCAACAAAACUGCUACUCUUGAUUAGAUACCAUUUUACUGCAUCACUGCGUUGUUAUAAGCAGAAUCCCACGCAAAGACAACUUGCUCAGAGCUCAUGUAGAUAACCCCUGUAAAGAAGUCUAAUCGUCUAGGCCAUUAUCAUAUCAAAAGGUAUUCCAACAAACAUCUCCUGUGAGCCAUUUAUUAUGCUCCGAAGAGGGUCGUGAAAUGUAAUUUUAAACUGAAUACGUUAUGCUUUUAUUCAUUCUCUAGAGAGCGAGUGAGUGUGUUGGUGUCGACAAAGACAGCUUCUUCAAUUUCAGCGACAUAUCACAAUGGAAAAUUUCAUUUUACAUCAUUGGGAUAAUCAAACAAAUACAGUCGCGAGGUUAAGGACCUGUUUGCUUGCCAACUGCGUUGUUAAUGCUAUCGGUCUGUUUAUUGCAAGUUUUGGAAACGCCGUCAUCCUUCUUUCUAUUUGGCGGACCAAGUCUCUGCAUUCACCGUCCAACACUUUGUUGUUCGCUCUUUCUUUAACUGAUUUAUUAGUUGGAACCGUGACACAACCACUGUACAUUAUAACACGGGUGUACUUUCUUGUCACCGGCAAAGAUGGGCCACUGGCUCUGAUGUCUGCUUUUGAUGUCAUUUCAGGCAGUCUGUCGGGAGUGUCAUUUAUCACCGCAACUUUAAUUAGCGUGGACAGGUACCUUGUACUUUUAUUACACUUGAGAUAUAGAUGCCUGGUAACAAACAGAAGAAUUUGUGUGUUUAUCCUCGGCUCUUGGUUGUUGUCAGGGACAUGGGGAUUCAUCUGGACGCAAGACAUUCGAUUAUUUUACUUUCUUGGGUUUGGUUCCUCAACGACAUGUUUCUCUAUCAUACUUUUAAUGUAUUGCAAGAUUUAUCAAGUAAUCAGACGACAUCGUCGACAAAUCAACAAUCAAGAAAACCUCAAACAAAGUUCUCACUCAAUUGCCAGCAGAAUCAGCUUUCCGAGUUACACUAGAUCGGUGGUAAAUACGUUCAUUGUUUGUGUCCUUCUCUUUCUCUGUUAUUUCCCUUAUCUUUGUACAGCAGCUGUCAUACAACUUGGUGGACUCAGUACGACCAAGAAGAUAUCUUUGGAAGUUUCUGGAACGAUAAUCUUCUUAAAUUCUUCUCUGAACCCGUUCGUAUAUUUUUGGCGAGUAAAAGAGUUUCGAAGUGCUAUUAAAAGUACCCUGCGGCGAUUGACAAACACUCGGAUGCAACCACCAAGUAGUUAACACUCCACAAAGAGAUUUUAGCAUUGCAACUAACCUUUUUGCCAUGCAAAACACUGUAAAAGUACAUAUGUGACGUUCGUUAAAAAGAUCAUUGUGGUGAGAAUAUUUUGAAAAAAGUGACCUCCAAUUUUAUGUUCAAUUGGCGCUCAAUACCAGAAAAUGUACAGGGCCUAACAACAAUUUACCGAAGCUCCUAAGAAUCACGGAACAGAUAAUGUCUGCGGAAAAAUAUCCAAGCAUCCCUUCGCGCCAAACGGAGGCUAUUGUUUAUAUAUCAUAAACUUGAUAUUUAAACUAGACCUAAAUCUAAUUCAAAUAAAUUUUACAUGAGAAAUAAAAGUAAUCAAGUCUAAUAAGUUACACGUGUAUCCUUUAAUUUAUUGGAAAAAAAAAUAGCACGGAAACAAAAUAUGACCCUCUGUAAGAGAACCUGCCACAUAUAAUUCUAUCCCUUAGUAAUUUGCUACAUAAUUCAAGCAGUUCAUACAAUAAACACUUUUGUGACACAAACCCUGCUCUGAGGGGACACAUCAAGGGGGUAUAUACAUUUUUCUUUUCAGUCGUAAGCCCGUAAAAAUUUACAUGUUUAAAAUUUUUUUGAGCCAUGUCCUAUCACAAAUUUUUUCUCCAGCCAUAACUAGAACCUGUAAUGAAUGAUACUAAACCUACAAAAGCCUAGAGGGUGUCUGCUUUUAAUCGUGAAAUCACCGCCUUCAAAUCACUUUAGCAUUCAUAGUAUAAUUGAUUUAAAAAAGCUAGUAGCUGAAUGUCAUGUUUUGUAAAGCACCAUCUGUGUAGUUAAAUUGAGUGGACAAGAGCUCUUUUGGUAAUUGACCGAUUCUCAAAUUUUCCGUAAAUCUACGUCAGUUUUGCAUCUGAUUGAGGUAUUUGGUACAUGAAUAGAGAAUAAAUCAAUUUGGUAAUAGCAGUGUAGUCGU